GUAGACGCACAGCGUGUCUCCUCCUCAGCAGCUCCGGCAGAGAGAGAGAGAAGAAUAGAGGAAAAGGGAAUGGGAUUGAGUAUGUAGAGACGAGGUAACGUGAGGAAAAACAUGAGGAUAACGGGCUAUUUUAAACUUUUAAAUGUAAAUUUUCUAAAUUUUUAAACUAAAUUCACCUUUUAAAAAGAGAAAAUUACACAUAAGGCUUAUCAUAUCGGGGGAGUUUUUCCUUCUUUUUUCCACCCUGAGGGAUAUUUGCUCGGGAGAGGAGAGGAGAGGAGCCUCUUUGUGAAUCCUGUUUAACUAGGAUAAAAGCCCCGUCACAGAGUGGAGUGGAGUGGAGUUGAGUGGUGGUUUCGUCUGACCUUUAACCUCAAUAGGAAGGAGAGAAAACCACUUCAGAGAUGGAGCAGGUAUCAGACGACGAGUUGGACCACGGAGCCGAGGAGGACAGCGAUAAGGAGGACCAGGACCUGGACAAGAUGUUUGGGGCUUGGCUCGGGGAGCUGGACAAGCUUACACAGAGUCUGGAUGACGGCAGGCCUCAGAAACCGCUGCAGAAGCCUCCUCUCAGGCAGGAGACCAACAUGGCCAACUUCUCCUACCGCUUCUCAAUGUACAACAUAAACGAGGCGUUGAACCAGGGCGACACAGUGGACCUGGACGCCCUGAUGGCCGACCUGUGCUCCAUCGAGCAGGAGCUCAAUACCAUCUCCAAACCAAACUCGGCGCCUCGCGGCCAGAACAAAGGCCAGCAGCGGGGCCCUGGGGGGCGCAGUGCCAGCACCAAGCACCCAGGCACCAGCGGAGGGGGAAGCAGCGGAGGAAGCGCCAGUAGCAGUACCCGCGCAUCGCCGGCCAACACAGUGCGAGGCGGCAGCGUUAACGCCCGCCCCGCGGCCUCCAACAUCUCCCUGGACGACAUCACCUCCCAGCUGGAGAAGGCCUCCCUCAGCAUGGACGAGGCGGCGCGUCAGACCUCCUCCUCUUCCUCCUCGUCCUCCUCUUCUUUCUCCUCCACCACGCUGCGGCGGCCCUCGUCGGGGUCGUCCGGCGGCGGCCAGCACAGGAGGACGGGCUCGGUGGGCGCCGUCAGCGAGCAGGAGGCUCCGUCCCAGCGGUCCAGUGUAAAUUCAGCGUGUGCCUCAGCGUCCAGCAUGGACUCCCUGGACAUUGAUAAAGUGAUGGCGGGCGGAGAAGCAGAAGGCAGCCCGAGCUCACAGGGACAGAACCAGACCAGCACAGAGCAUGUCACACUGCGACGGCCCAGACGGCAGCUUGACUUCACCUCACGAGAGGGUGAAGUGGAUCGGGCCACUCACUCCUAUCUGGACCGAGAAACCUCGCUCAUUCUGAAAAGCAUAGCAGGAAAGCCUUCUCACCUCCUGACCAAGGAGGAGCAAGCUGCCAAAUUGAAGGCGGAGAAGAUCCGAGUCGCCCUGGAAAAAAUCAAGGAGGCACAGGUCAAAAAGCUGGUGAUCCGGGUCCACAUGUCCGACGAGAGCUCCAAGACCAUGAUGGUGGACGAGCGGCAGACGGUCAGGCAGGUGCUGGACAGCCUGCUGGAUAAGUCCCACUGUGGCUACAGCCCUGACUGGUCUCUAGUGGAAACCAUCACUGAGCUACAGAUGGAGCGCAUUUUUGAGGAUCAUGAGAACCUGGUGGAGAAUCUAUUAAACUGGACCCGGGACAGCCACAACAAGCUCAUGUUCAUCGAACGCAUCGAGAAAUACGCUCUGUUCAAGAACCCUCAGAACUAUUUGCUGGGGCGGAAGGAGACAUCGGAAAUGGCUGACAGGAAUAAGGAGGCUUUAUUAGAGGAGUGUUUCUGCGGCGGCUCGGUGUCGGUGCCGGAGAUCGAGGGCAUCCUGUGGCUGAAGGAGGACGGGAAGAAGUCGUGGAAGAAGCGCUACUUCCUCCUCAGGGCUUCGGGGAUCUACUACGUCCCCAAAGGCAAAGCCAAGGCAUCCAGAGAUCUGGUGUGCUUCCUGCAGCUGGACCAUGUGAACGUGUAUUACGGCCAGGACUACCGCAGCAAGUACAAGGCUCCUACUGACUACUGCCUGGCCCUGAAGCAUCCACAAAUCCAGAAGAAGUCGCAGUACAUCAAGUAUCUGUGCUGUGACGAUGUCAGGACCCUGCACCAAUGGGUGAAUGGUAUUCGCAUCGCCAAGUACGGCAAGCAACUAUAUGUGAACUACCAGGAAGCCAUGAAGAGGACAGAGGCGGCCUACGAUUGGUCCUCUCUCUCUACCUCCAGCAUCCGAUCAGGCUCCAGCUCCGCCAGCAUACCUGAGUCCCAGUCUAAUCACUCAGGCCAUUCAGACAGUGGAGUGGACACGGGCUCCUCUCAUGGCCGGUCCCAGAGCGUGGUGAGCUCCAUUUUCUCCGAGGCCUGGAAGAGAGGCACCCAGAUCGAGGAAAGCUCCAAGCAUAUGAGAAUGGAGACGUCGAGAGGGGCCACGCUGCCGCACGCUUCCCACAGUCACCGGCAUCACAGCCAGCAUUCGGCUGAUCACCCAGCCCUGACGCCUCCUCCCCAGCCGCAACCUCAACCUCAGCCCCACCAACAGCACCCACCGCAGCAUCAGCACCCCCAGACACCGACCCAGCAACAACACCAGCACCUGCCUCCCCAGCACCUGCCUCCGCAGCAUCAGUCUCCUCAACAAGCCGCGCAGCCGCCAACCCAGUACCUGCCUCCCCAGCAUCAGUCUCCUCAACAAGCCCAACAGCCGCCACCGCAGUACCUGCCUCCCCAGCAUCAGUCUCCUCAACAAGCCCUGCAGCCGCAGCCGCCACCCCAGUACCUGCCUCCUCAGCAUCAGUCUCCUCAACAAGCCCAACAGCCGCCACCCCAGUACCUUCCUCCUCAGCAUCAGUCCCCUCAACAAGCCCCGCAGCAGCAGCCGCCACCUCAGUACUCUCAGCGCCCUCAGCAGUCACCGCAGUCUCCGCAGCCGCCGCAGCAGCCACCGACCAUCAGCAGCUACAACCACAUGCCCCCACAGCAGCAGCAGCAGCAGCAGCAGCAACAACAGCUGGCUCCUUCACCCCCACCUCCUCCUCCUCCUCCGCCUCCCCCUCCUCCCCCACCCCCAGUUCAGAUCGUGUCGCAUCACUCGCCGGCUCCACUCAUGUACAAGUUCAGCACCAUCACCAGGCUGCAGAACCAGAUGGCCUCCCAGUCGGCCAAUCACAACAGGUUGCCCAGUCACCUCCACGCGAUAGGUCAUCAGGUUCUACCCAUGGGUGCGACGCCGCUCGCAGCAGCCGUCAAACCCAAUGUGAACCACAUUGCGGCAAGGACUAAUGUCCCGCCUCCCCCUCCUCCUCCGCCUCCGCCGUCCAUGCCGACGCCAGGGUCAGCCAUGGCUGUGUUGAGGCUGGGCCCCCACAGCCCAGCUGCUCCGCCUGCCUUCAUUCCUCCGCCCCCAGCCGCACCUCCACCUGCGCCACAGACCAAUGGAUUAUCAUUUCCUCCCCCUCCGUCUCCCCCGCCAGCACCUCCCGCACCGGCUCCCAUGAGCCAGCCUCUUUACCCCAACGGGCUGAAGCACACACUGAAGGAAAGGUUUCCCAGCCCGCCACGCGACCUCCUCUCUCCAAACGGAGACCUUGAGGAGUCCCCGCCGCCUGCACCCGCUCCACCGCCCCCACCUCCUCCGCCGCCACCUCCGCCACCACCUCCUCCUCCUCCCCAGCAGUCCCCAGUGCCAGCCCAGUUCCCACCUCCUCCUGCACCGCCACCAGCGCCACCCAAAACCUUCACCCCAGGAUUUGUCCCUCAUACUGCCCCCAAACCCGUGUCACCCGUCUCCCCGUUUCCUCCCGCCCCGCCUCCCGCUGCCCUGAGUGGCCCGACCCCACCGCCACCACCACCCCCUCCACCUGCACCCUUCAAGAAGCAGUUCAGCCUCCAGGCGAGCCACAUCUCCGGCCAACCGCCUCCGACUCUCCCCAAGCAGCACAGCCUGUCUAAACAAGCGCCCAUCUGCACGGGAGCCGCUCCGACCAUGUCGUUGGUGAAACAACUAGCGAGUCAGUUUCCGGGAGCUUCAUCCAAAGCAGCCAAUCACACGGAGAGCCCCAAAGCCCCCCUCUCCCCACCUGCAGUCAAGACCAAACCAAGGUGGCAGCCCGGGGGUGGCCAACAGCUGCAGUCUCCAGAGUUCCCCCCUCCUCCGCCAGACAGCAACGUCGGCUUCCCCGCUCCUACACCUGCGCCUCCUCCUCCUCCUCCACCACCUCCCCCAGCCCCCGUCACAGGCCCGACUCCACCUCCUCCUCCUCCACCACCUCCCCCAGCCCCCGUCACAGGCCCGACUCCACCUCCUCCUCCACCACCACCUCCCCCAGCCCCCAUCACAGGCCCGACUCCACCUCCUCCUCCCCUCCCUCCUGGAAACCUGGGCUCCCCCUUGAGGAGGUCACCCUCUGGAUCCUCUAAUUUCGGAGGCAAGAAAGCCCCUCCCACCCCGCAGAGGGCCUCCAGCAUCAAGUUCAACGCCUCCUACGAGGAAUCCAGGAGGAACUUGCUCAGCAAGUUUGCUCCCCAGAACAGCGGCCCUCCUUCUUCCCCGUGUCCCGCGUCCUCCUCCACCAGAUCCCCUUCCAAGGACCCUCCAACUGGACCCCCUGCUCCGCCGAAACCAGGCAAACUCAACCUGGCCAACCUGCCCUUGGCGCUCCAGGCCAAAGUGAGCCAGGUAAAGCAAACAGGUGGUGACUUCCCUUGUCCACCACCUGAUUGCGCCUACUUCCCACCUCCUCCACCGGCCUCUGAGCUCUUCCCCCCUCCUCCACCUCCUGGUGGUGACGCCCAUAGCGGAGGACCUCCUAGGGUAGCCGUGGUCAACCCCCAGCCCCAGGCUCCCCCUCCUCCUCCGCCCGUCUCCCUCGUCAGCAACUCGACAUGGGGGAAGAGCUCACUGAAAAAGACUCCUCCACCAACACUCGGGCGGCGUAGUAACGCCACCCCGGAGCCGCCUCCGCUCUCACCGCCUGCACCCACCUCCCCAAAGGGCAGCUCAGGCACGCCCAAUUUCCUGGAUGAUCUCCACCGGACACUGAAGCGAAAGUCAGUGGGUCGCCAAGGCUCUCUCAACUCGGCCGGCCUCUCGGGCAAGUUGGAACCCGCGGGAACAAUGGACGACAUGGCGCUGCCUCCGCCGCCCCCCGAGCUGCUCCUGGACCAAGGAAAGCAAAGCAACGGAGGAAACGGCGGCUACAUGUCCGGAAACAUCUCAGGCUAUGCAACACUACGACGCGGACCCCCACCUGCACCACCCAAACGGGGGGACGCCACCAAACUUACUGGAGAGUGUUGAACUUGGCGAUCGGGACACUAUAAAGAUGGAUGAAUAGACAAUGAGAGAAUAUAUGGAAGUGAACAUUCAUUAGUGAAAUGGGAGCGAAUUCCUGAAUUCCUUCUGGGAUCACAAUGAUACUGUGUAUAUACUAAAACCCCAACCAGACCAUGGUCAAUUCGUUUGCUAAUUAUUGUUUUUUAACAUGCUUGGCAUUCUGGAUCAGUGGGGUUUACAUUAUCGGGACAAUUAAGACUGGAGCAGGUAAGUUUGACGUCACAGAAAUGGUUUCUGUGAUCGUCUAAACUCUCUGGAAGACUAUUGUACUGCCCUGUAUGGUAAACCCCACCCAUCUGGUACACCAAGCACAUUUAAAUAAACACUAAUAAGAACUGUGCAAAUAUUACUGGAUCCAGGUCUGAGCCAAAACCAUGUUAUCCGCUUCUUUGCCAUACGUUUGUGCCACGUACUGGAGAAAAAAAAAAUCUUUCUGCUUUGGUACUGCAUGGACUUCAUGUACGAACGAGCUGUAAAACACAAAAGCUGUUCCGGUGUGUGUGUGUGCAUGAGCGAAAGAAGAGAAACUGGAUAUGCAUACGUGCAUUGUGUGCAUGCAUGUGUGUACGAUUAUAUGGCGGUGAAGUAGUUAACCAUUAGAGAAAGGCCUUCGUGAAGCGGGGACGGUUUGCUUUUAUAUAAAAAAUUAUUUAAUGAUCGAUAAAUGGAAGGAUUUUUUUUUUGUUUUUUACGAGUCUGUCUUUUAAUAGAUGGUCAACAAAGUCUAGAGAGGAACAAAACGAAUGUAUAUGGGAAGGUGUAAUUGACACAUGAAGGCAGUGACUCAGCAAAAAAAACGUUAAAAUCUGUCGUCCCAAGCAUUUCUAGACUCACCACAAAUCAGAAGGAAGCCUUAUCCCCAAAGUCUUGCACAGAGGUCAAAAGCAGAAAGGAGAUUUCUUCCAAAUGCUCAGCAAAGUCUGAACUGUGCAACUGGAACAAAAAAAAAAAUUUUUUUUUUUUAUUUAAUGGACUGUAAAUGGAGGAGGAGGCCUGAGACGGUGUAUCUUCAUUGGACUGUGUGAGUUCCCCGUGCGUUGGCUUGAUUUUUGGACCUUUAUCCUUCAGUUUGUACCUGUACAGUUGCAGCUGCUACUCCGUUUACUGUUGGUCCCCCCCCCCCGCCGCCUUCUAAAGUCACAUGGUCUCGCAAUUCACGAAGUCGAAUGUACAGGUUGGAUUCAGUCAUGUGAAGUAUACUCCAUCUUACCCACACAAGGUGAUCCCCGUUGAAAAAGAUGUCUGGUUAAUGUACAGAGCGUUAAAUCAUAACUGGCAUUAGACUGAAUGUUGCUCGUCUAUCGUUAAAAGUGGAUCAUGAAGGGUUUUCAUUUCAAGCAGCGAUGCCUUCAUUUUUAGGGGUGCUAGUCGUGUCCUUUAAAGGAACUCAUCACCAACAAUGUCCUUGUGUGCCAGGAUGACAUAUCAUUAAUAUUUCAGACCCGUUUAAACUGGUUUUAAAUUGGCUUCAGUGUGGAAAUGUGUGCUUGAAGUGUCAUGAUUUCCCACACGAGCCCCAACAUCUUUUUGUCCUGCUCGGCCCACGGCGGUUCGAUCGCCCCGCUCGGAGCGCAAGCGUGCCGUUUCUUAUAACUGAAUAUCAUUGUCUUUAACAGGAUGUUUGCUACAGUACAGUAUGUAAGUUAUUGAUGUGCUGAUGUGAACAUGUGGGGCCAAGUGAAAUGAAGAAAAAUGGUUGCAGAUGUGUCCUCCUGCAUAUAAACUGAAAAAUCACAAUAUAAAUGUUCAAACCAGA